AUGAAGAUGAAGGGCGGGAGCCCCCACUGGUGCCACCUCAUCUGCAGCAUACGCUGGCUGCUGAGCUUCCCACCAAGCCAAGACGAAUCAAGCCCGCUGCCUCAACCUCAGACUGUGGUUCUGAACCACCUUUACAUCGAGAAAGGGAACACAAGAUCCGUGGUUGCUCUGGGGAUCACGCACCGGUUCAAGGCCAAGUUUGUGACAGUAGUGCUUUGCAAGCCAGUGCUGAGGCGGACAGAUGGAUCGGAGGUGGAAUGA